AUGACUUGGGCAGCCUGUUCCCAGCCGAGUCGAAGAUGGUCCUUUCCCAUGUUGACCCGCACAUUGACCAGGAGAUUGACUUUCAGCUCCAACACAGCCGAGGUGUCAGAGAAAUAUCAAAGACCUCAAGUCGAGGACUUUCCUCGGGGUUACCCUCAAUUCACUGCUCUCAUGGCGGCAGACGAGUCGUUUCAAGUCUUCCGGCGAUUCUCAAAUACGAGGACCCGACUUUUGCUUCUAAGUCAGAGUAGAGUGUCUCAACUCGAACUCGAAUUGAGUAAGCUUGACAGAGAUGAAACUUCACCCAUCUUUCUGGCUUCAAGUCAGAGAGAUAAGAACCCAGAGCGACAAAGGGUUUUGUCAGAAUUGCGAGAGGCGCUUAAAGAAUACGAUGAGUUAAUCGUAAGAAACAUGCAAGUCUCGGCUAAUAGAUCUGCGCACCCUCACGACGUACAGAGUCUGCUGAACUGGAACCUAGCAAAUGGAUGCAUUUCUCGCGCGGACAUGGACUUUCUGAGCCAUCGUGAUGAUCUAAUCUGUCUGUCGCCACCUAGAGAUGGGCUCGUCUUAUGGCUGGAACGACAUGUCUCGGAGAAGCUUCUGCUCUGGACCAAGCGCGUUCAUAUUUAUGCUCGAGGCCGGGCUGAUCUCCUAGCGCGGCUGGUGCUGGGACCAUUGAUGGUCACCUUGGUCUUGACACCGGUGGUUAUAUGCCACGUUGUGGACAGUUUAACGGCUAGAUUGGCCAUUGUGAUCGUUUCGACAUGCUUCUUUCUGACGGUCUUGUCCGUUUUAACGGGCGGCAAGGUGCUUGAUCUGACAGUAGCUGGUGCAACGUAUGAGUCUCAUUCCAUGGCAUUGAACAGAGCGCUUACAGGCUGCUAG